CUCGUUGAUUUCUCUGAGAGAUUUUUCGACGAAAAGAGGGGAAUGUAAAGUGUAUAAGUGCAACAAUCUGAGCUACUCUUAAAAAAUAAACCAAGCGUUGUUCCGUCUGCGUCUCGAUCGUCUCCAUACUCCAUCCUCCGGGUGCGUAGUCCGCAGAUAUGUUCAUGUUGAUCGGUGUAUAUUUACAGCGGUAAGCUUCAGCGUCCAUAGUUUGUUCACCGUCUACAGCUAUUGUAUAUGUUGUGUGUGUAGUGACACAGGAUCUACAGGGGGUAUCAGUGCGUAAAAAAACGCUACAUUAUUUUCUACAUUAAAUAAAACUCAAUGAAUUAAUAGUGCAUGAAAAAAAAAAAAAAAAACUAAAAAUGCUCUUAAAAAAUAACUCAUUAGAGUUGUGGUGACUGCAAGCUCGUGAUUGUUGCGGUGGUAAGUCAAGUUACCGAUAAAAAGGCAAAAUAAUAUAUUUAUAAGGACGAGGAUGGGCAACUGGGCGCUGGAUCUCGUUAUCGGGACUACUGUGCUCCUCGGGUGCAUUAUAAUAACGGGUGGGACCACAGCAGCACUCGAGGUACAGGAAGAGUUGAAGCACCACGGAAGAUGUGAGCCAAUAACUAUUAAUUUGUGUCUGCACUUGCCUUACAAUGAGACAAUAAUGCCAAAUCUGCUGAAGCACCAGAAGCAGGAGGACGCAGGUCAGGAUAUCCAUCAGUACGCCCCGCUUGUUAAAGUUCACUGCAGUCCUGAUCUUCGUUUCUUCUUGUGUCUGAUGUACGCACCAGUUUGCACUAUUUUGGAGAAACCAUUGCCACCUUGUCGGUCUAUCUGCGAGAGAGCCAGAGCCGGCUGCGAGAGGAUCAUGAGGAACUUUGGGUUCCAGUGGCCACCGAGUCUCGAGUGCUCGAAACUUCCCGAGUACGGUGACCCUGACGAACUCUGUGUGGGAAACAACGAGACGUCUUCAUCAUCAAGACUGUCAACGACGAUCCAGCCUCCUCAUAGGAUGAGACCUGCCUGGAAUGACGGACACAUCCCCUACGCAGGAAAUGCUAUUGCGGUUCCGGAGUACGAGAACCGAAAGUUCGUCUGUCCGGUUCAAUUUCACGUGCCUGAAAGCUACGGCUAUUCGCUAAACUUCAAGACAAAACCAAUUCCCAAUUGUGCUGCUCCGUGCAACGAAAUGUUUUUCACUGAACAGGAAAAACAGUUCGCCAGAGUAUGGAUCGGGACUUGGGCGUCGAUUUGUGCUGCUUCGUGCUUUUUCACUUUCUUGACCUUCCUGAUUGACAUGGAGAGAUUUAGUAGAUAUCCCGAGAGGCCUAUAAUAUUUUUAUCGGUGUGCUAUCUGAUGGUUGCGCUGGUAUACGUCGUGGGAUGGGCCGCAAAAAAUAACAUCGCCUGCAGACAGCCUCUCCCACCGCCUGAUAACAUGCAACAAGUCCAAAUGGUAUCUACGAUAACACAAGGAACUAAACACGAGCUCUGUACUCUGCUAUUUAUGGUACUUUAUUUCUUCGGGAUGGCAUCAAGUAUAUGGUGGGUUAUUCUCACUCUCACGUGGUUCUUGGCUGCCGGAUUGAAAUGGGGACACGAAGCUAUUGAAGCUAAUUCGCAGUAUUUUCAUCUUGCUGCUUGGGCUGCUCCGGCUAUUAAGACAGUCACUAUUUUAGCUUUAGGCAAAGUUGACGGAGAUGUGCUCUCUGGAGUAUGUUACGUCGGGAUAUGGAAUGUUGACGCGCUGCGUGGUUUUGUUUUGGCUCCUCUGUGCGUUUAUCUGGUCCUGGGAACAGCUUUCCUUUUAGCUGGAUUCGUCUCACUGUUCCGCAUUCGCACGGUGAUGAAACACGACGGUACCAAAACAGACAAACUUGAAAAGCUGAUGAUAAGAAUUGGAAUUUUCUCGGUGUUAUACACCGUACCGGCGCUGAUUGUCAUCGCUUGUCUGUUCUACGAGCAAGCAUACUUUGACGACUGGAUGUUGACUUGGCACGACGACAUGUGCCGAGGACAAGUGACGAAAGCUUACUACUCAAUACCCUGUCCAUUUAGCAAAGGACCGCCAGAACCAGUACGUCCAGAAUUUCCGGUAUUUAUGAUAAAAUAUCUGAUGGCAAUGAUCGUAGGUAUCACCAGCAGCUUCUGGGUAUGGUCUAGCAAGACUCUUACCAGCUGGAGACAGUUUAUAAAUCACAUACGGGGCCGUCGCGUCGAGGCUUACGUUUAAUUAACACAAAAGACUAUUACAAUUAUUCACUCAUGACAACAUCUACGUUUUCAAUUAAGAUUAUUUUAUACACGACUAUAUCUCCGUGAGUUAUCAUUUUAUAUUUAAAUUACUGUAACGAUUCGAGGAUUAUCAUUGAUCAGUUACUCGCUAGUUUUAUUUAUUUUUAUUUUAUACGUCUUAUAUUAUUAAUUAUUUUUAUUUAAAGCAUGUUAGGCAUGUGUUGUGAUCAGGUUUUGUUAAUCAAAAUUAUUUAUCAAUUAUCUUUUUUUUUAUUGGAAAGCGAAUUGACCUUAGCACUGUGUCAAUUUAUUUAAGCUUUCUUUUAUUUAAUAACUUAUUCACUUUAAUGAUUAUCAGUGUAAUUGUUUAGAUGCACACUUCGGCAACAAUAGUUAAAAAAUUAACGCUUCCAAUGUUAUAAUAACACUUUAAAACGCACUUUCAUUUUUCUACAGUAGUUUUAUGACAUGAUAUUAAAUUGAUAAUUGAAGUAAAAAAAAAAAUUACUUGUUUUUGACGAAUCUAGAUAUUUAUUUUUUAUUUAUUU